AUGAAUUUUGACAAUAAAUUACACAAAUAUUGUGAUAAAAUACAAUCAGGAAGUAAUGUACAACAAAUGAAGAAAACUACAAAACUGAUGCCUCAUUCCAAGCUACCAAUAAAUCCGAUUAUCAAAAUGAAACAACAAUCAAAAAAUGGUAUUAUGAAUUCUAAUCAACUUCAACAAAAGUCGAACACAGUUGAAUCAUUUCAUCGAACAGUCUCGAAUAAAUCCUGUCGUUUACAAGAUUUAUGCAGUGAAGAUCGUCUCGUGAACUCCAGUCCUUUGGUAGAUAAUGAACACAAAAGCAAUACACAUUCUAGAGUUGAAGAAUAUACAACACAUUUUUCAAAAGCAGAACAAUUAAUUAUUUUCUAUCAGACAAAAUUAAAGGAGUUAGAAAGUGAAUUAAGUGAAUUACGUGACAAUUUCAAAGGAGAACAUUUCCAACAACAUUCUGAAAAUGAUCUAUUCAUGAAACAGUCUGUUGAAAUAGUUCCAUCUGUGAUAAAUGAUGUCUCUGUGUUCUCUUCAUGCGUAUAUGUUUAA